AUGUAUGCGUCUACGACGCAAUCUUUUCAACAAGCCGAUGACUACUAUCAAAAUCCACCUUGGCAAAAACUUCUAUGGGUAAAACAAAACUACCCAGAUAAUUAUGUCGACAAUACCUUCCUAGAAGAACUACAAAGAAACGUCAAUGUGAGAAGUUAUAAUUAUUGGACAAUGGUUUAUGAAUCAGGCGUAAUCACACAACAUAUUAGUACUGUUGUGAUCUUUAUUGCUAUUUUUGUUUAUUUACAGGAUCACAUUCUGUCUGGCCAACAUUUAAUCUGGGUUGGCACUUUUUUGACAGGUUUUGGAUAUAUUUUUUGGGACUGGAUGAUGGUGAAGACACAAAGUGAUUACGAAUUUAAAAGACAGAGAGUAGCAAAGAGUGCAUUUUUCUUUUUUAUCACCUUAUUAGGUUUAUCGCCUAUUUUAAAAACAUUGACAAGUCAAACGAGUGAUGAUACCAUUUGGGCUUUAACUGUUUGUUGCUUUUUGACAAAUAUUUUAUUUCAUGACUAUCAUGCACCACAAGCCAACAACAGUAUACAAAUACCCGGCUCAUUAUCAACCAAUGCAGCUAUUUUCGCUUCAGUCUUAUUAGCUUCUCGAUUAGAUACAAAUAUUGAUGUAUUUGGAUUAUUAUCUUUUGCGGUAGAAUGGUUUUCAUUAUUUCCUAUUUUUAGAAGACAAUUAAGGAAUUUCAGUCAAUAUAUACAAAUCGCUAUGACAUUAAUUUUAUUAUUGUCUUGUAUAAUUUUGUUCAUUUAUAUCUCAAAGGCAGUUGUCAUUAUUUAUAUUCUUGGAUUUUCAUUUAUAACCAUCAUUUGUCCUUAUUGGUUAAUAUUCAUUCAAAAAUACAAAAAUGAAAUUCACGGUCCUUGGGAUGAAGCAAGACCACGUUUACAAAGACGACAUAGAAAGAAAAAUCAAUCCUAA